AUGCUAUGCACACGCACCGCUAACUUAUUGAAUACACUUGGAAUACGUUGUUUUACGAAUAAUACUAGUGGUUCACAUAUUCAUUAUUCGAUUUCAACAGUAACGCGAAAAUCGAUUGAUGAUAUAUUGGAACCAGCACAAGUUUCCACAAAGAUUAAAGUUUCGGAUGAAAUGCGAGAGCAAGCAGUAGAUCUUGCGGGUGUACCUCUGGAUUUUAUACGCAGUCGUCGAGUACGUAUAUAUCGACCAGCACGUGUGGUUACGCAAUCAGGUUGGGCGAAUACGAAAAAGUGGAAAAUUGAGCUGGAUAAUCGGGAAAGAUGGGAGAAUUCAUUAAUUGGUUGGUCUAGCACGGGUGAUCCAUUAAGUAAUAUCUCUAUGACUAUGGAUUUUGCAUCGAAGGAAGAUGCCAUUCGGUACUGUGAAACGAACAAUUUGAAUUAUGAAGUAAUCGAACCAAAUGAACGAAUAAUUAAGCCGAGAAGUUAUGCAGAAAAUUUUUCAUGGAAUAAGCGGACAAGAGUCACAAAUAAGUAA